AAAUAUGAAAAGGGAUCUAGGAUGAAAAUAGUUUAUUUAGACAAAUUAGACAAUGGUUUUUUUGAUAAAUUUAUAUGAGGAUACGAUGACUGACUGGUGAAAUUUAAAAAUAAUGAAGAGAAAUGUUUUUUUUAUUGAUAUUUUAUUUAAAUUGUCGAAACUGUUGAGUGAAUAAGCAAUUUUUAAUAAUGUUAUUUUUCGCACGUGGAUGGAGAUUCGGCGGACGUUGCUGCCGUGAUAUUCUCGAGUUUAAUAAUUUUCAAAGAAAGUUUAACAUUAACCUCAACGAUAGUCGAAUAUUGGGGCUUAAUCAUUUUUGUACAAAACUAAACAUAUCUGUGACGGAUAAAAAUGUUAAAAAAUAUAUUAAAUCAAUUACUAAAGCUUAUAAAUAUAAAUCUAAAGAUGAUGAAUUGUUGACGUCGAUUGUUAGUACCAGAGAGAUCGUUACUAUGUUGGACAAUAGGCUACACAUUGAAGAAAAUAUUAAGAGCCUUGAAGAACUUGGACAGAGUGAUGAAGAAAUGAAAAAAUUAGGGCAAGAAGAGUACGCAGAUUAUCAAGAAACUUUGAAUCAACUAGACGAAGAAUUAAUUGAAGCGAUAGCUGGUCAUAUUGGCAGAGAUAAUUGUCGUGAUAUAAUAUUUGAAAUAACAGCUGGUGUAGGUGGUCAAGAAGCAAUGCUAUUUGCUGUUGAUUUAAUGAAUAUGUAUCAAGGAUACUUUGAUUAUCUCGGUUUCACUCAACAGCUAUUGGACAUUGACAAAGAAACAGGAAUCGGUGGUAUGAGACACGCAAGUAUUUUAGUAUCCGGUGAUGGUGCUUACGAACUGUUGAGACACGAAGGUGGUGUCCAUCGAGUCCAAAGAAUCCCGGCGACCGAAAAAGCUGGCAGGAUGCAUACAUCAACAGUCACGGUGGCUGUGUUACCGCAACCGACAGAUCUAGAAGUUAAUUUAUUGGACAAAGAUUUAAAAAUAGAAACCAAGCGUUCAAGUGGUGCUGGUGGUCAGAGUGUCAAUAAAACCGAGUCUGCUGUGAGAAUUGUUCAUUUACCCACAGGUAUCGCUGUCGAAGCACAAUCUCAACGUACGCAGAUACAAAAUAAACAAAUAGCAUUACUUAAAUUACGUACGAAAAUUUAUGACAUGCAACUGAAUGAGCAAAAAUCAACUAGGGAUACAAUGCGUAAAAAACAACGUGGUAUGAGCCAGAGAAAUGAAAAAAUACGUACAUACAACUUUAGUCAGGAUCGUAUUACGGAUCAUCGAAUAAGUAACGGUACAAUGCACAAUUUAAAAGGUUUCAUGGAAGGCGGCGAAGGUUUGGAAACUCUACAAAAAAUGUUACAGAGAAAUUUUCAGUUAAAAGUUCUACAAGAAGCUAUUGAGAAGUGUAAAUAGUUGAUAAUUAUUUUAGCUGUACAUAAGGACGUCGAGCGAUGGUGAACAAACUCUGGUGCCGGAAAAUAAGUCGAGCAUGGCUAGAAACAAAAUCACCACCACCACAUCCAAAAUUGC